AAUAGUAACCGCACCAUUUCUUUUUUUUUUGGAUGUGGUGCCAUGCCGCCAUAUCUGAUAAAAUUUCCUUUGCAGAGCCGACAUCCUUUCCAGUUUACCACUGCUGGAGAAUAAAGAUGUCGUCGAUAUCGGAGCCGGAAUUGGACGUUUUACUACGGUACUUGCCGAAACCGCCCGCUGGGUGCACUCCACUGACUUCAUCGAAUCCUUUAUCGCCAAGAAUCAGGAGAGAAACGCUCAUCUUGGAAACAUUAGCUACCAAAUUGGUGAUGCCGUCCACCUACAAAUGGACGAAAAGAGUGUGGAUUUGGUGUUCACCAACUGGCUCAUGAUGUACUUAUCGGAUAGGGAAGUGAUUGAGUUUUUGUUCAAUGCCAUGAGAUGGUUGCGAGCAGAUGGAUAUCUGCAUCUUAGGGAAAGCUGCUCGGAGCCUAGCACAGGUCGCUCAAAGAGCGCAACACUGCAUUCCAACGCAGAAGCAAAUCCUACCCAUUACCGUUUCUCCUCGCUUUACAUCAAGGCCAUAGUUUGCAGAGAUCCCUUUCUUAUUAAGCUUCUUCGUGCAAUAAGAUAUCGCGACAAUGACGGAAAAGUAUGGCGAUUUGAUGUGCAGUGGAGCUGUUCUGUGCCUACAUACAUCACGCGAUCGAAUAAUUGGCGUCAAGUGCAUUGGUUGACGAAGAAGGUCCUAGCUGAAGGAGAUAAGGAGACGCAAGCUAGCGAUUUAAUCAAGCUGUUUAGUUUGAAAUAG